AGGAUGAAACUAUUGCAUCUGUAACAGCAGAAAGCAGGAGUGAAGCUGCAGCCCAGCCAACAGCAGCACCCACCUGGACCCAGGGGAGAGUGCAGAGCUGCAGCCUGGGACAGGCAGCAGGCAACGGGCAUCACAGGACUCAAGGCAGAGGAGGAGAGAACAGAGCGACAGCGCUGCGACUGAGACGUGUUCCCUUUCCUAGUAGAGAAAAACCCACAGCAGAAAGGGUCAGCAGCUGGUGUGAUGACAGGCAGAAACUGAGGAAAUUUUGCAGCCUUCUGUUCCUUCACAGAUUUUCCCCUCUAGCUGAACAACAGACACACUGAGAAACAUGCCGGAGCAAAGCAAUGAUUACAGGGUUGUUGUGUUUGGGGCUGGAGGAGUUGGCAAAAGUUCUUUGGUGUUGAGAUUUGUGAAAGGCACUUUCAGAGAGAGCUACAUCCCCACCAUUGAAGACACCUACCGGCAGGUGAUCAGUUGUGAUAAAAGCAUAUGCACUUUGCAGAUAACUGACACUACAGGGAGCCAUCAAUUUCCAGCCAUGCAACGUCUUUCUAUUUCUAAAGGACAUGCUUUCAUUUUGGUUUACUCCAUCACCAGCCGACAGUCUUUGGAGGAACUUAAACCAAUCUAUGAACAAAUAUGUCAGAUUAAAGGUGAUACAGAAAGCAUUCCAAUAAUGCUGGUGGGAAACAAAAAUGAUGAGAACCAAAACAGAGAGGUAGAAAGCAGUGAAGGAGAAGCUAUGGCCAAGAAGUGGAAAUGUGCGUUCAUGGAGACCUCUGCCAAGCUGAACCACAAUGUGAAGGAGUUAUUCCAAGAGCUUUUGAACUUAGAGAAACGCAGGACUGUGAGUUUACAAAUUGAUGGUAAAAAAAGCAAGCAGCAGAAAAGGAAAGAGAAGCUGAAGGGCAAAUGUGUAAUCAUGUGAAAUUGCACUGACAGGAGUCUGUCAUGCAUUCUCGCCUUUCUGAUAUUACCCAUGUAAAGCCUAUACACAGCAAACAACCAGAACAGAUCGUACUGAUUGAUAUCUGUUUUAAAACAAAUACUUGGAAUUUGAAAAAAAAGAAGAGUUACUGUUGUUACUAUCAAAACAGUCAACAAUUGAAAGAAUCAUGCUCUCUAGAUACCAGCGAAAAAUUCAGGAUAAGAAAAAUCACGUGGAGCAUAUUGUGGAAGGCUUAGUAAUCAAAUCAUUAUAUUUAUAUUCUCAUGUAACUACAGUGGAAAGUACUGUAUAAUGCUAGAAAAAAAAAGGCAAAUGCUUAUGCUAGGGCAUGUAACUGCAUGCUGGAUAAAGUUAUCAAGAGUGAUGUGGACAAACUGUUCUGUGCAAUUUUCAGUUCUGACUGCUUAAGUAGUUUGAAUAAAGUAAUAAUCUCAGAUAUGCCAAAUAAUCGAUUUCUCACCAAAAGGAAGCACACUUAAAAGAAGUGGAGAUUUUCUCUACCUCCCCGAGCAUGAGAUGCCCUUCCUGUAUGAUACAGUGUUUGAAAUAAAGAUGAUGAAAAGCCAGCCUCUGCAGGAUAAGUGGAGAUUCAUCUCCUCUGUACUCAUCAAUCCAGGAAUUCUUGACCCCAAGGUAUUUCAGAGGAGAAGAUGCUUGCUGUUGAGGAGCAUCAGGAAAUAUAAAAACAGUGUGUAUAUGGCAACAGAUUACUUCUUCAGGGAGGACUGGAUGGAGAGUCACCCACAAAGGCCUUUGUGGGAAAGGCUGACUUCAAGCAGUUCUGACGGAUAAGUGAACAGACAGCAUGACUUGUGAAUGAACCAGAGGACUAUUGAACACAUGCUGCUGCUGGAGAGGGGUGUAGUAACAGGAAGGUUUUACUCUGUUUAUCAGAUUAGCUGAGUAAAACUUAUUCCCUUAGGGA